CAAUAAGAGAACACCGAACAUUGCAAGAAGAUGGAGUUCACAAAACGCCUGUGUCAUUUCCUCAUGGUUAUUGGUUUAUGUACGAUGACAUUCAUAGGAUAUAAGUUGAUACAGCCUUUCAUACCUACAAUGGAAUACAUUCUGCAGUUGGUUUAUCUAGUUGGUGCACUGAUAUUGAUAUGUUAUAAAGAUAUAAGCAACAGGAAUUCAGAAAACCACAACACAAGAGAUGAUUCCAAUGCAGUACCAAAUGCCAUUCUUACACGAAGACAAAAUAACAGUAAGAGAGAAAAUUUAACCGCAAAACCAAAACACCCCACAGUGGCGAUUCCAACUGCAAAAAUAAAUGGAACAAAAAGAAAUUCGCGAUUGCAAAGAGACUUCCCUUCUACAGCCCAAGGGAAAGUGAGAAAUCCAGGAAACAUUGGUCUAAACACAGCUGUGUCCAAAGCGGUCAAGGAAAACAUCAAGUUAAUUGAAAAUGACCUGAAAGUUAAGGAAUCUAGUCUUUUAGACGAAAUGCAGGGAUACCUGACUGAGGGGGAAGUAGAUAAGAUAACAAAAUCCUCCAGAAAAGAUCAAGCACACUAUUUUGCAGCAAUCAUUGAAGAAUAUGAUAACCAGAAAUUCCUAGGUGUUCUUAACAUUUUGAAUAAAUCCUCCUUUGGUCACAUUUCUUCUGAAUUAAAAAAAUCCUUCGAAAAACAUCUGACUACUCAGAUACCAAGUAGCGUUUGUGUAAUUUGUCGAAUAAAAUCUGAAGUUGAUAUAAAGUCUCUUAGAUGCGAACUGAUUAAGGAGGAACUCCUGUCAAAGAACCUAAAAGAUAUGAUAAACGACUGUAAAACCAGUAAAGGUCAUCAAAAUCGCUUGUGGGAGGGACUCUUUUUUCAGUUGAAGUCGAUGCAACCGAAACAAAAAAUUGCAGAAAAAUUUAUAAAUAUGUUCAAGGAAGCAAACCACAGAAGUAUUUAUUAUUAUUUUUCUAUGCAUGGCCUUUCUUGUUACGACUGUACAUGUCAUAGAAAGUCAUCCAUUGAAACUGACUACGUCAGAGCUACGUCGGGCUUGACUGUUGACACCAGCGACGAAAGCAACACAUCAUCGAUACCCAUACACCGAGAGCAAAUCUGGUUUAAAGAUGCUGUACAUUCCAGCAGUAGCGAGGAAGGAGCAAAACCCACCAUGAUGAGAAGCAAAAACAAGCCACAUCAACCAGUUGUGCCGCUCACCAGGUCCAAGUUUCCCCCAAGAACAAAAAACGGAUCAAAGGUUAAAACAAAACCUGGAAGAGGUUCUGCUCCGACGGCCUUUCAACAAUACACAGAAAACAGUGAUGCAUCUACAACCUCACUCGAUAGUUACUCGGGGCUCAACCCUGUCCAUAUCUCCGAAAUCCCUUCUACUAGGAACGGUAUCCACCAUCAACAACAUCGACCAGCGAAACGUUCCAUGAAUCCAGAAAAUAUAAAAGGAACAGAAACUGCUGGAUUACUUUCCAUCAGUGGAUCGGAAGAUGGCACAUCAGACACACUGUUAAAGACGCCGUACGAAACAGAGGAAUGUCUACGAAAACGUCCAAGAGUAUUAUCAGUCCGCCCGUAUAUAUCAGAUUCGGAUAUAAAUUCUGAUGGAGAAGCCAUGAAGAAUUAUGUCUUCCCUGAUAUCAAUGCAUCUAAUUUUAAUAAUUCUGGAGAUUUUGUGCCUAAAGGUUUUGCAAAGACCCACAAAACAACAAACGAAUCUCAACUCUACUGAAUACCCGUCCCUCUUUUCUGUGAAUCAUACUGAUGUGAAGAAAUGAAAAUUAAUGGUUUUAAAAUGAGAGGGAAUGGCAGCCAUCUUUUGCUAAUAUCAUUAGAUUCCAAAGAAAAUGUAUUUAAAAUCGAACAGUUUUCAUUUAUUUAUUUUUUUAUUAUUUUUAUUCAGUUCAUUCCAUUCUUAUUUUUUAAUCUUUGGUCCAAAUAUUGUCUUUUUAAAAAUGUGUAUGUUAGCAGGGAAGUGGCACACUCAUAUAUUUUUAUUCAGGCACAUAUAAAUGAUUUAUUUCAGGCAUUCAGAUGGACAUGAUAAAGAUUUACUAACCCUCAAAUUUCUUUAAUUUAGAAAAUCUGGGUAAAAUUGAGGUUUCAUUCUGUUUUUUUGGACAUACUAUGUAUAUACCAAGCUAUUUUUCUAUUGUGACAUUGUUUAUUCACUGUAAGUCAUUUUGUUUCUUCUUACACUCAAUUUUUCUUUGAUGCCACUGAUCUUUUUGUUAUCCGAUAUGUGUUAACCAAUUUACUGUCCAAACACCAGGUAUCAUACAUAAAACUCAUAUUUACUCAGGUUGAGCCCCAUAGCAAAAAGUAGUUUCUCACUCAUAGUGAAUUAUGAUAUCAUUACGCGUUAAUCGUCUUAUUACUUAGAUUUUUUUUAAACAUACGCAAUUUCAACAAAUUUCAUCAGUCAGUUUUUAAAGACCUUUUUUUGACUGGCGAGAGUUGAGCUAUGCGUGUCACUUGAUUGCAAUCUUUUAACAAAUACAUGUACUUAUAACCUGCUCUCUGUCUUUUUUUGAAGGUAUGUAAAAUUAUGUAUAGUUUUGUAUUUUAUUAAUUGGGUUUUUCAAAGGAAAAAUCCCGUUAUUGAAAUGGUAAAAAUGGCGGGCAGGCAGGCGGGCGGCUGCCAAAAGGGUAUCCAUUUUUGCAGAUCAAUUGUACAUAUAUAAGAGAUGUACAUUAUACUAGGAUAUUGAUUUUUGAUAAUUUAUGGUAAAAUACCGGCUGUUGAACUUACUAUUUUUUUUGGCAAAAUAUUUCAUAUCUCUGGAUAGGUUCAUGUAGUGUUUAUCAAUCCAGGGUUGACAAAUGGAUUUUUGAUACUGUACAUGUUCAUUCAAAACAAAACCUGGUUUGCUGUCACAUUGACAGCUUUUCUCUUGUUGUCAAUAUUUCAAUUUGUGUCGCUUUUAAUUUUUAGAAAAAUUCAAUACUUUUAAAGAUUAACGCUAUUAUGUUUUUUCCCAAUAUACUAAACAUGUUAAUUGUUUUGUAUUUUAUAUUUUUUCAAAUAUACUUUGUUAAUUGAUUCGUAUUUGUAUAUAGGUAAAAAUAAUGU